AUGGCGCUUGGAGUUCCUUCAGACUCGGCGAAACUGUACACUAAUAAAUGCCCACCUCGUGCCCUCCCUCCAGUGCCAAGUGGAAACCAAGAUGAAAUUCCACUCAGUCGUCCCAAAAAAAGGAAACCCAAAGGAAAGACUCCAUUAGAUGGCAUCGUCCAAGCAGCAGUUCGUAGGCAGUCUGAAAGCAGUGAGCCUCUAACUCCUGAACCUCAUGAUGUCCCUCAGAGGAAACGCAAGAAAAAGAAAGUACCUACUGAUUCUGAGACCUCUUUUACCCAGCAAAAUGUUGCAUCCUUAUUUCAGAAUGGGAAUGGCAUGGAUGUCCCUGAAGCUGAAGAAACAGUGAUCCGCAAACAGAAAAAAAGAACAAAGAAAUCUCGGCCAGCUGAAACACACUGUUCCAAUGAGCUGGAAGUGGAGGAGGAAGACAUUCUUGAAGAUGAGCAGAGAAAGAGCCUAGAUCAGCACCCUGUGUUUGCUGCUCCCACUGGAAUUAGCCAGCCUGUCAGCAAAGUGUUUGUUGAAAAAAAUCGGCGUUUUCAGGCAGCUGACCGUGCAGAAUUGAUUAAAACCACUGAAAAUAUCAAUGUACUUAUGGAUGUGAAGGCUUCAUGGACAACCAGAGAUGUUGCACUCUCAGUGCACCGAAGUUUCAGGGUGAUAGGACUCUUUACCCAUGGCUUCCUUGCUGGAUAUGCCGUAUGGAACAUUAUUAUUAUCUACAUCUUGGCAGGAAAUCAGUUUUCCACUGUUUCUAACCUGCUCGAGCAGUAUAAGACACUGGCAUACCCAGCUCAAAGUUUGUUCUAUUUGUUGCUGUCUAUCAGUACAGUAUCAGCCUUUGACAGGAUUGAUUUGGCAAAAGCAUCAAUUGCACUGAGGGGCUUUCUGACCCUAGACCCAGCAGCUGUAGCCUCUUUCUUGUACUUUGCCGCCCUUAUCUUAUCCUUAAGCCAGCAGAUGACAUGUGACAGAAUUAAUCUCUACACACCACCUUCGGAAAAUGGCAGCAUCUGGACGGCAGGUACAGAGGAAGAAAUUGUUAAGCCGUGGAUUGUGGUGAAUCUGGUAGUGUCUAUUCUAGUUGGGACAAGUUGGAUCUUCUUGUCUUACCGACCAGACCUAGACCACAGUGAAGAACUGAUGUUUCAUGCUGAAAUUGAGGAAUAUCCCCAAGGAGAUAUCAUACCCAGAGUCCAGCCAUAGUGUGGAACAAGCAUCUGCAAAUACAGCUGUGAUUGAUGUCUCAACAUAUAUUUCAGUCUUGUAUUAUAACUUUCAUAAAGAAAAUAACAAACUUAUUUUUAUAUUGUAUAUAUUUGAUUUUGAUCUUUUUAUGUGUGCAACAAAUCUGAAUGUGAUUGAAAAGUUUUAUACUUUUUAUUUUACAGAGUAAGAUUAUCUCUAGUAUAUAAAGUUGAGGUGAUUUUAUAAAUAUUACUACCUAUAUAAGCCAAAGAAACUAGGUGGACGCAGAAGAUCAGGUAUUUGGUGCUUUUUUGAAUACUGUACAAUCUUCAACAAUCUGCUUUUGUCACUAAUGCUGAUAGCUGGUUAAAUAUUCUUGAUAGAUUUAAACAAACCUUAGGAGGAAAGUAAUGUAAGGAAGAUGAUAACAAAACAGUUAGGAAACAUAAAACCCACAAAGUCAGUAAGGAUAAAAUAAUUUGGGGUUAGUUGCCAUAAAAGUUAUUUGCCUGAAUAAACAAUUGAGUUAUAAGGGAUUUUGUAUUAAAAGGGGACAAUUCGUUUUUCUUCAUUUUCAUUUAGUUCUCUUGACAUGUAU